AACUGCGAUAGCGACAACCAACAUCGACACUCUUUUCUGUUUAGUGGUCAACGCCAACUAUCCAUCAUGCCGACAGACUACGACGGCGACUCCCAAAUGGCCUCCUCCCCCGAAUCCGGAGCCCGCACCCCAACCAUGACCAACCCCCCGGCCAUCCACUCCUCAGAACUCUCGCCCCCGGGAUCCCAGCAUAUGGAGAGAACAGCAGACCUCGGUGGCUUUGAGAAGGGAGGUAGUGCUGCUGCGGCACAGGGGAAACAGCAGAAGGUCAAGCCGGGGGAGUGGAAGAGUAAACGGGCGGAGGAUGAGGCUCAGCGCGCGAUGGAGUUUGUGGUGGAUAGGGAUUUUAGUUUGAAGGAAUUCGGGGACCCGUUUGACGAGAGGGAUAUGGACAAGAAACUGCCAUGAAAUAUUGCAAUUACUCUGCUGGAUACC